AUGCGCAACAGCCGAAGCCGUGUCCUCAUUUUUGCGGGAGUGCAACUAUCGUUGGACGUAUCAAGUGCCUUUGACCUCAUGGACUGGAGGCCACUGGACAAGGCAUUGCUUGCCUCUGGGGUUCCGCCAAUGUUGAGGCCCAGCGUUGGCUCAGACAGGGAUGCAAGCUUGCACCCUUACUCUGGAAUUAUUGCCCUGGCCCAGAUCUACAGAGACUUAUUGAACGAGGAAGAUCCGCUCAUCACUGCUUCUUGGAUAGAGCAAAGCUCCACCAUCUAUGCAGAUGACAUCCACCUCAAAGAAAUCAUGCAUAGUGCUCGUGAUCUGGAAAACAUGGUGUAUCGAUUCUACAAGGUCCUGGAUGCACUAGCAGCCCAUGGCAUGGUCAUCAACUCAGCAAAAUCUGCACUGCUGUUGAGACACGGGGAGCUUCAUCAAGGGCUCUACAGUGCUUCCCACCCACCUCUAUACGGCAUUGCGGCAUCCAAUCCGGAGGCUAGGGAUAUCCUGCGAAUGCAGCACAUGAUGACGAAGCAUGUUCGCGCUAUUACUAAGUCCUUCGCGCAUCUCCAGAAGGAGUCCACACGUGAUCUGCAAAGGUGCUCGCUUCGCACCAUUCUCGAGCAUUUACAUAGUGAGGCUACGGCCUUGCACCGUAGCCUGAGUCAUUUGAAUGCCACGACGACCUUCAUUACGGUCGAUCAUGUCGAGGCCGUGCGAGCAACUGCUGCCAGUCUUCAUCUCCAGGUCCAAAGACAGUGGCAGGUGCAAUCAGCUACUGCAGACAGUGCCCUGGACCCAGCCACACAUCAGUGCCAGGAAUGUCAUCGGGUCUUCACAUUUUUCAGGUUGCUCCGAUCCCAUGAGGCCAAGUGGCAUGGCCAUAAAACUCCGAUGGCUGCUACGGUAUCCUUCGACAGGUAUGCACAUAGCAUCGGCGGCCUGCCCACCCGCAGGCACUGCACCCACUCUUUUCGGCAAUGGGAUGGGCUGAUCAAGCACAUCAAACGAAACAGAUGUCAGGUCCUACGCAGGGCUACUGCCCUGCCCUCCGAGUCUGGCCCUGGCACAGGUGGAGGGGAUUCAGCAGCACCGGCGGAAAUGUCCAAGAGGCAAUGGCUGGGCCCUGGGCUACACAGGUGGUUUCGGAAAUUAUUUUUCAAUCGAUGGGCCCAGACACAGGAUCUUCAAUAUCCCGGCGGCCAGGACCAGGAAUGGAUGGAGCAUCGCAUGAACAAGCUUACCCAGCUAGUCCUGCGACAGGAACAGAUCAUCUCGGCCAUUCGUCAGGAUAUGGUGCUCUAUCUCUUUGUCCGUUCCGGAACGGAGGGCAUGGUGCCGGUGCUGUGCGAAGCGGCGGAGAAGUGGAGGCGAAUGAAAGAGGAGGAGCCGGAGAAAAUCAGCUUUUCCUUGAAGCUGGCCAUGUUCAAGCAAUUGCUGAUUUCGUUGCAUCAGAGGCUGACCAAUACGGCCCUGAAUUGGAUCGACGAGCAGAGGCACUGGAGGCACCUUGUAUGGAGCCCCACACAGCAGCGCCUGGAGAUCGACAAUUCCUUACGUCCCAUUCCGACGGAGGAUCUAUUGGCUCAGCUUGUGCAGAUGAGAAAAGCGGUUGCGGAGGAGACCUUAGGUGACCUCGGAUUGGAUCCAGUUCCAGCUUUGUCUUUCUCUUCGCCCGGAGGGAGGAGCCAUGUGGAGCACAUUGAACCAGUGGAUCGGGCAAGCAUCCUGGCACACGCCGGGCCUCCAGCUGGCACCACCCAUGACAUGCCUGUUCAGGUCUUGCAUUCUGUACCGUGGCUUACGAUGCUGCAAGCUUGGCCACAUGUUCACAGGCAGCAUGAUGCUGCGGAGCUGGUGAUGUAUCUUUUGCAGAGGCUUUUGCACAGUGGGUUUAAUGGUGGCUGGGAGGCUCGAAACUAUGACUCGACUCAGGGCCUACCAAGGAAACCAUUGAUGGCGAGCUGUGCACUACAAUGCCCUGUUUCGCUGCUGUGCAUUCAACUCCAGCGUUUUGCUUCCCAUGAAGGGGCUCUGCACAGAGAUGUGAGACCAAUGGUGAUGUCCUCAGACCGUAUUCGAAUGCCCAUCUUCGACGCUGUGGACACUAUGAGGGUCUGGUAUGCUUCCUAUCAGGUCGUCGCAAUGCUGCUUCACUACGGUGACACUCCUGACUCGGGGCAUCAUCGAACCAUUCUCAGGGGACAGCCUGUGUUUGGCGAUGAAAAUCAAUGGAUUACGGAUGAUUCCUGCACUGCCAAGCCUGUUCAACAUGAGCACGACGGACAGAUCUAUAUUUUGUGGAUGCGCCAGGUUUAUCAGACUGAUGCCUGA